AUGGUUAGUUAGUUCCCGCCGAAUUAUAGUGCUCAGUCUCUCUGCUGAUGCAAAUCAGAGUUUAUAUAUUUCAUUCGUUUAUAUUUAUAUAAAUAGAAAUAAAUCUAUAGAUACACUUGACGAUGAUUACUUUUACAUAUAAUAAUUAUAAUAAUAAUCAGUUUGUUAUCCCUGGCCCUCCGGUGGCUGGUAAAUUCCCGGCAGUUAAACUGAAACCAUCAGUGUUGCAGUUUUUAUUGGAUAGACACAGCCGUUUUUCUAUUAAAACGGCCGCGUCUUCUUCGUUCGUUGGCCCAGGCAGUGUGGGAAGUUCUGAACCAUUAUCCACAGUCAAGAAGAAGAAAGGGAAGAGAAUAGCUGGGAUAGACCAGGAUGAAUUAGUGGAUCCCAAACUGUUAGCCGACCCAGACAGUUGCUUUUGUGAGUUUCAAGGGUUGCAACUCCACCACAAGAUAUGUGAUUCAGAAUCUGAAACUCACGACUUGUCGCAUGAUGAAACCGCUACAGAUUCAUCUAAACGACUGGAAAAGCUCAAAUUCCCAAUGAUCUUAUUACAUGGCUUUGGAGCCUCUUUAUUUUCUUGGAAUCCAGUUAUGAAGCGUUUGGCAAAGGUUGCUGGCUCAAGAGUUUUGUCAUUUGAUAGACCAGCCUUCGGGCUGACAUCAAGGGUAGACAACCCUUCACAAUAUGCCCCAACAGGCGAUAUCAAGGAUACAAAGCCACUUAAUCCUUAUUCUAUGGCAUUUUCUGUACUGGCAACCUUGUACUUCAUUGACUUCUUGGGUGCUGAUAAAGCAAUACUGGUCGGGCAUUCCGCUGGUUGUCUUGUAGCAGCUCAAACUUAUUUCCAAGCACCUGAACGUGUUGCUGCUAUGAUUCUUGUUGCCCCUGCAAUUAUAGCUCCAUCGACAUCCCACAAGAAAGUCAAAGCAAAUGACAAACAAGACAGUUCAAAUUCAGAUAAUCCAAAAAAUCCUUUCUUUAAUCUGUUGAGUAUUGUAUCGAAGUUUUCCAGAUUCAUAGCUCAAACGGUAAUACGUUUGUUUAAAGGAAUGGCUAGUAUGGUUGAUUCUCUGUACAAGAAAGCUUUAUCUGCUUUCCUUCGCUCCCCUAUUGCAGUAAUGCUGGUAAGGAUGGUUAUAGAUAAAUUUGGAGUAGCUGGCAUAAAAAAUGCCUGGUAUGAUGCAAGCCAAGUUACCGACAGCGUUCUUGAAUCUUAUACCAGACCAUUACGAACGAAGGGUUGGGAUAGAGCUUUGGUUGAAUUUACAGCAGAGAUGCUUGCUGGUUCAGUUCCUGAAUUAAAUCCGCCAUUGCCAGAAAAAUUGAAAGAAAUCUCAUGUCCAGUUCUGAUCGUCACGGGUGAUAGUGACCGCCUUGUACCAUCUUGGAACUCAGUGAAGCUUUCUCAAGCCAUCCCUGGAUCUCACCUUGAAGUAAUAAAGAAAUGUGGUCACAUACCUCAUGAAGAGAAGCCAGAGGAGUUUGUGAGGAUUGUUGAUAACUUUUUGACAAGUGUCUUCGGUAGAACAGAAUCACAACCGCUGCCAGCAGCAGUAUAAAAGAUUUAUCAACCAUCUUAAGCAGCGCCUGGUGUAGGGAAGAGUACAAAAUAUUCACAACACUUGAUAUUAAGCGACAAGCUAUGCUGAACAAAGAUAAUACUCGUAUAAUCAUAUUGGCUUUGGACAGGCGUGUCGGUGUUUCCUUCGUUGUUCAUAUUGGCCUGUUAGAAAAUAGGAUCAAUACUCGAUAGAUGUACCAAAUCUGGCCUUUUUUGUUGUGUAUAAAAUCUGUAUCACUAGACUAAAUCAUAUAUUGUGGAACGUACUUUUCACAUGCACUAGUGAAAUCCUAUAAAAUGCAUGCCAGAUUUGUUA